AUGAAUACAACUCCGACGAACAACCCGCCCAUAAUUGGGUCUUCAGGCCAGACUACACCUUCGCAGUUCCCGGCAAACUACAGCGCAUCCUCGUCUUCAUCAACACCCGCUCCGUUUACCGCCCCCAGACUUUUACCGGGAAAGGCGCACCACCGUCAGAUCACUCGGAAUCGCGCCAGCUACAGCUGUCAUACUUGCCGCCGACGCAAGGUCAAAUGCGACAAGGUACAUCCUGUAUGCGGAAACUGCGUGAAGAACGGGACCGAAUGCGUGUACGAUGCGCCGCCACAGAAAGAUGCCGCGGGGCAGUCAAAGAACGGCCAUGGAGUGAAACGACGGAGGGAAAUGUCGCGACCGCUGGACGAUGAUCCUAUGGAAGACCUUCAAUCCAUCUACGGUCAUCUGAAGCAGGCUGGAUCCGACCAGAAGAUCGGGUCGCAAGCGAUCGAGGCCCGUCUGGAUAAACUGACAUCGAUGAUCGAGCGGUUGAGCAAGACCAACCAACCCCUUGACCCGGCCGACCGACAAUUGUUGGCGCAAAAUGUGAACUUGGAUGCUGUGAAGGGUGAUACCCGGGCGGCUACCAGUCAUGGCCAGGGAGUGACGCUGAAGCGUGCUACCCCUCGACCGGACAGUCCGCGACGCGCAGCGGAUUCGAGCGGAGACGAAUUUCCUAUCCCGUCUGGCCAUGCGACCGAUUUGGUCGAUCCGGUCGGUAGUCUAAAUCUAGGGCAUCUGAGUCUAGAGGAUGGAGAUCCCCUCGGGGGAACUCCGGGUAGCCAAUGGCGGCCAUCACUUGAUAGUCAUGCUAGCUAUCCCGGCGACCACAUGUCCUCUGGGGAGACAUUCCAAAAAUCCGUCAUGUUCCCGUCCAGCGGGUCUCCCUCUGUGAAUGAGAAGGUUGUUGAACCAGAAAUGCUGGAGAACGUACCGACAAAACGACAAAGUCAUAUACUAUACAGAGGAUUCAUGUCCGGUGUUCAUGCAAUUAGUCCUGUUGUUCAUCCCCCUACCAUCCUCAAACUAUACAACGCAUUCUGGGAGUGGUACGACUACAGCAGUUACUCCGGCGAGCCGUGCCCUGACCCUUCGUUUAUCCCGCUACUCUACGCCAUUUGGUAUGGCGGAUCUGUCACCAUCUCCAUCCGGACGAUCAAAGCUGAAUUCAAUGUUGCGUCUCGCUUUGCUUUGUCAAAAACGUUUAAUGAAGAGGUGACCAGAUGGUUGACCAAAAUAUCCUUUCCACGAAGCCCAUCUCUACAAGGGCUGGCCGCAUAUCUUCUCGUUCAGACAAUUCUAUCGAAGGAAGAAGAGCCAUUGACAAGCAGCCUGUUUAUCAGUUUUGCCAUGAGGGUGGCUCAGACCAUGGGCCUACAUCGAGACCCGGCUAAGUUUGGCAUCCAGCCUUAUGAGGCCGAGUAUCGUCGGCGAAUAUGGUGGCACAUUGUGCAUAUGGAUGGCGUGGUUGCUAUGUCCAGUGGACUACCCCCUUUGGUUGGAGACGAGAAUUUCUGGGAUGUUCGCGAUGCCAGCGAGAUUAAAGAUACGCUUCUUGGGAGCCCUGAGGCAGAGAAAUACGAAGAGUUGGUUGCCUCUGGUAUGCGGCCACCCGACAAUCCCGACGAUCCGACGGUUUGUGGUGGCCCGUCUAUGGUUAACGUCUACUAUCUAUCGGCUCGAGGGAAAUAUGUGAUGGCUCGCGCUGUGCGAAGGAUCAUGAAGAUUCAGUUGGGUACCAAACCUGUGACGCGGAGGGAUAUGGAGGAACUGCGAUCAAUUCUUCUUGAUCUGCAACUCAAACUCAACUCGAUCAUUGAUCGAAUUCCAGAAGGCAAAAACCUGGGCGUGUCUCCCAGUCUCUCGAACCGCUCGCUCUCUGAUGCACGGUCGCCAGGAGAACACCAGAACAGUGGUACGGAAUUGCCGGGUGAAGGGCAAGCCGGUUGUUCUGAGCAGUACCACACUCCUGUGCUUAUAUCUUUCCACAAAUGGGCAAGAAUACUCCUCUCACUGUUCAUCGACAAGGUUGGUAUUUCUGUCGAAUCUCCCACAAGCGAGAUGUUAACCUGCUACUAUGAAGGCUUUCUGUGUCGCAUAUCAGCCCUUCUUGAAGAACGCAAAAAGCCUGCUCUUCGUCACUGUCAUGGUUUCAUGGAGAAAUUCAUCUCUCUUGCUACGGACCCUGACUUUCAACCCUUCCAAUGGAGCUGGCCCGGCAAUCAUCAACCUAUGCAUGCGACCAUGAUCAUGCUCAUCGAUCUCUAUGAACGUCCAUAUAGUCCGGAGGCGGCCAAGUCUCGGGCCUUCAUCGACCGCAUCUUUACGCUCACCGGCCCCGAUGGAGGUGUGGUCGGCGGCGAAGACGGUAUUUCUACCCAACGACCUUUGAAAGACGGCGGCCGUGAAGCAUGGGGCAUGAUUCGUCGACUACGCCAGAAAGCCUGGCAGAAAGCCGGCCUGGACCCCAAUAAGCUAUGGACUGAACAAGCCCAAAUCCAAGUUGGGGUUGCCGCAGUCCCCAACGAGGUCCCCUGUGCGACAGACCCGUACUACGCGAACAGCCCACCCGUCACCACGCCGCCGACCGGUUUGCCACAUGUUUCCCGGCAGCAAUUGACCGACUUCUCGAAGAUGUUCUACAACAUGACCCGGUCCCAUGUCCUUCCGAACCCAGUCUCGACGCUACGGCCUAGUCCUCUUCGAAACGAGGUUCCUUCACCUGCAGCUACUGUUUCCAGCGGAACAACUCCUCAGGGCCUACCUGCAGCUGCACCUGCUCCUGGGCCUGCUGCCCCUCCUACUCCGCAAUUCUCGCAAUCCGCUACACCAAAUAUGAACUUGUCUGCCGACAGCUCUGUUCGUGGCCAUUCCAUGUCAUCUACCAAUAGUGUCCCGCAGUUUAACACCAAUCUCCCCUUUACCCAACCCAUGAACCCUAUGUCCACUCCACCAGCUCCUGUGCAGUACAUGGACUCGAUCUCUCCUACCACCCAGCCCCUAGCGGUGCCAACCCCCCCAUCAAUGGUCGAUCCGAAUCUGACCUUCGAUUGGGACCAGUGGGAUGCUGUGUUUGGACAACAUCUGCCAGUGUCGGAUGAGCUCAUGGAGCUGGAUCCGGUGGCGGGCUUUGAGUUCAGUGAUCUUGGCAGCGGGCCAUUGAGUGGUGGAGACCAAACGAUAAGUGGUUUGCCAGGUAGCGAGGGAGGUAUCCCUGGACCCGACUGGACUGGAUACUGUUGA